AUGGGGGAGUGGGCGUUCCUCGGCUCGCUGCUGGACGCCGUGCAGCUGCAGUCGCCGCUCGUGGGCCGCCUGUGGCUGGUGGUCAUGCUGAUUUUCCGCAUCCUGGUGCUGGCCACGGUGGGCGGCGCCGUGUUCGAGGACGAGCAGGAGGAGUUCGUGUGCAACACGCUGCAGCCAGGCUGUCGCCAGACCUGCUACGACCGCGCCUUCCCCAUCUCCCACUACCGCUUCUGGCUCUUCCACAUCCUGCUGCUCUCGGCGCCCCCGGUGCUCUUCGUCAUCUACUCCAUGCACCGGGCCAGCAAGGAGCAGGGAGGCGCGGACAGUGAGCCGGGAACCCCGGGGCGCCCCGGGGGCCGCCGCGCGCGCCGCUGCUACCUGCUGAGCGUGGCGCUGCGCCUCCUGGCCGAGCUGGCCUUCCUGGCGGGCCAGGCGCUGCUCUACGGCUUCCGCGUGGCCCCGCACUUCGCGUGCACCGGCCCCCCGUGCCCGCACACGGUGGAUUGCUUCGUGAGCCGGCCCACCGAGAAGACUGUCUUCGUGGUCUUCUACUUCGCGGUGGGGCUGCUCUCGGCGCUGCUCAGCGUGGUCGAGCUCGGGCACCUGCUCUGGAAGGGUCACCCGCGCGCCGGCCGCUUUCGCCAGGCGGCAGAGCGCGACAAUCUCUGCAACCGCGCGCAUGAGAAGGCUCAGCAGCUGCUCCCGCCGCCGUCGCCCGCCCUGCCCGCCCUGCCGGCCCGGCGCUCGGGCCGGGAUCCAGACCCAUACCCGCCGCCUGCCUAUGCGCACCAGUCGCCGGCCAGCGACAGCGAGAGGGGCAGCGUCCGCAGCGUGGUGUCGCUGGCCACUGUCCGCCAGGACCUAGCCAUCUAG